GAGAAUAAUUUGUGGGCGAUUCAUUCUAGUUGAGCCUGAUUGGGUCGUCAAAACUUUUAUUACGUAUAAAAGGUCGGUUAUCCUGUUGGUUUUGAUGGAUUCAACAAAUAAUUGAAUUUUUUUUUAAUUCAACAGAGUUAGAAAAUAACUCAAAAAGCACUGAAGCUAGAAAAGACAAAGCUUAAAAGAAAGAGUUGCAAAUAAAAAACACGAAUCCCAAAAAUCAAAAUAUCAAUCUUUUUAAUUUUUUUCUCCGAUCGAAUAAAACUCCCUCCUCACUCUCUAUUUUUCCAAUUAUGGGAUUCGAGAGCACUUCAUCAGCUGCAAGCAACUUCAAACCUCUCAGCGGCGAUUCAAAACCUCAAAAUGGCGGCGAUUCAAGACUUCAAAAUUCCAACACUGCUCAAUACUCUGUUGAUGCUGGUCUUUUCGCGGAUUUCAACCACUCCAUUUACUCGGGCAAGUCUUUUAACUACUCCAAAUCUGUGAUUUCGCCGCCUAACAACAUUUCUGAUGAGCACAUAACUGCUUAUCUAUCUAAUAUCCAAAGAGGCGGCCUUGUUCAGCCAUUUGGUUGUUUGAUUGCUGUCCAAGAGCCUAGUUUUAGGAUACUUGGUGUUAGUGAGAAUUGUAUUGAGUUUCUUGGUCUGUCUCUUGCUUCGAGCUCUCAUUCGAGUGAGUUUAAGGUUAAGGGUUUGAUUGGAAUCGAUGCGAGGACGCUUUUUACGCCUACUUCAGGAGCUUCUUUGGCUAAAGCUGUUUCCUUUACUGAGAUUUCGUUGUUGAAUCCGGUUUUGGUUAAUUCUAAGACGACCCAGAAGCCUUUUUAUGCUAUACUUCACAGGAUCGAUGCAGGGAUUGUGAUUGAUUUGGAGCCUGCUAAAUCUGGAGACCCGGCUUUGACUCUUGCCGGUGCAGUUCAGUCUCAGAAACUUGCGGUUAGGGCUAUUUCUAGGCUGCAGUCGCUUCCCGGAGGAGAUAUUGGUGCUUUGUGUGAUACUGUUGUGGAAGAUGUUCAGAGACUUACCGGUUAUGACCGUAUUAUGGUCUAUCAGUUUCAUGAAGAUGAUCAUGGUGAAGUUAUUUCUGAGAUCAGAAGAUCAGAUUUGGAACCUUAUUUGGGUUUACAUUACCCUGCAACAGAUAUUCCUCUAGCCGCUCGGUUCUUGUUCAAACAGAACCGUGUCCGGAUGAUUUGUGAUUGCAAUGCAACUCCUGUUAAGGUUAUUCAAAGUGAUGAACUAAAGAGACCACUUUGUUUAGUCAAUUCCACUUUGAGAUCUCCUCAUAGCUGCCACACGCAGUACAUGGCGAAUAUGGGCUCUAUUGCUUCUCUUGCACUCGCAAUUGUGGUAAAGAACAAAAGUUCAACUAAGCUCUGGGGAUUAGUCGUGGGUCAUCAUUGUUCUCCUAGAUACAUUCCAUUCCCAUUACGGUAUGCUUGUGAGUUUCUGAUGCAAGCAUUUGGACUUCAGCUUCAAAUGGAGCUUCAGUUAGCGUCACAGUUAGAAGAGAAGAAGGCUAUGCAGACACAUACCUUAUUAUGCGAUAUGCUUCUCCGCGAUACUGUUUCCGCUAUUGUGACACAAUCUCCGGGUAUUAUGGACCUUGUGAAGUGCGAUGGAGCGGCUUUAUAUUACAAGGGGAAGUGUUGGUUGGUUGGUGUUACUCCUAAUGAGUCACAAGUUAAAGACUUGGUGAAUUGGCUGGUGGAGAAUCAUGGUGAUGAUUCGACGGGUUUAACCACUGAUAGUUUGGUCAAUGCGGGAUACCCUAGUGCCAUCUCACUUGGAGAUGCAGUUUGCGGUGUGGCUGCUGCGGGGAUUUCUUCAAAAGAUUACUUACUUUGGUUCAGGUCCAACACUGCAAGUGCAAUCAAAUGGGGAGGAGCUAAACAUCAUCCAAGGGAUAGAGAUGAUGAUGGGAGAAUGCAUCCAAGGUCAUCAUUCAAAGCGUUUCUUGAAGUUGCAAAGAGCAGGAGCUUGCCGUGGGAAAUCUCCGAGAUUGAGGCCAUUCAUUCCCUGAGGGUUAUAAUGAGAGAGUCAUUUACCAGCUCUAGGCCUGUAUUGUCUGGUAAUGGUGUGAUAAGAGAUGCAAAUGAGCUUACUUCUUUUGUGUGUGAAAUGGUUAGAGUGAUUGAAACCGCAACUGCACCUAUUUUUGGGGUUGAUUCUUUUGGAUGUAUCAAUGGUUGGAACAAUAAAACCGCUGAAAUGACGGGAUUACUAGCUAGUGAAGCCAUGGGGAAGUCACUUGCUGAUGAGAUUGUUCUAGAGGAAUCACGCGCAACUCUUGAAAAUCUCUUGUGCAAAGCCUUACUAGGUGAGGAGGAGAAAAACGUAAUGCUUAAACUAAGAAAGUUUGGUCACAACGAUCAUUUAGAUUCUUCUUCUGAUGUGUGUGUUCUCGUUAACUCCUGCACCAGCCGGGAUUAUACAGAAAAAAUUGUCGGUGUCUGCUUUGUUGGCCAAGACAUCACUAGCGAAAAAGCAAUAACAGAUAGAUUCAUCAGACUGCAAGGAGACUACAAGACCAUUGUUCAAAGCUUAAAUCCGUUGAUUCCACCGAUAUUUGCCUCUGAUGAGAAUGCUUGUUGUUCAGAGUGGAACGCAGCCAUGGAAAAGCUUACCGGGUGGUCAAAACACGAGGUGAUAGGAAAACUGCUACCCGGUGAAGUUUUUGGAGUCUUUUGUAAAGUGAAAUGCCAAGAUUCACUCACAAAAUUCUUGAUCUCUCUGUACCAAGGCAUUGCUGGUGAUAAUGUUCCAGAGAGUUCACUGAUUGGGUUUUUUAAUAAGGAAGAAAAGUACAUAGAGGCAUCCAUAACCGCGAACAAAAGUACAAACACUGAAGGCAAAGUGAUCAGAUGUUUCUUCUUCUUGCAGAUUAUUGAUAAAGAUUCGGGUUUGAAUUGUCCAGAGAUGAAGGAAAGCGUUCAAAGCCUCAACGAGUUAACUUACAUAAGACAAGAAAUCAUGAAUCCUCUUAACGGUAUCCGAUUUGCACAUAAGCUUCUUGAAUCCUCAGAGACUUCAGAGAGCCAAAGGCAGUUUCUGGAGACUAGUGAUGCUUGCGAGAAGCAGAUCACGAAAAUAAUCGAUGGCACAGACUUAAAUAGCAUCAAGGAAAGCAAGUGGCAGUUGGAAAUAGAGGAGUUUCGACUCGAGAGCAUCUUGGACACAAUUAUUAGCCAAGUGAUGAUUAUGUUGAAAGAGAGGAACUCCCAACUCAAGGUUGAAGUCGCCGAGGAGAUCAGAACUCUGCCUCUAUAUGGUGACAGAAUAAAGCUUCAGCUCAUUCUUGCUGAUCUUCUGCGCAACAUUGUGAAUCAUGCCCCGUUUCCAGAUAGUUGGAUAGGAAUCAACAUCUCACCAGGCCAUAAGCUUGCAAGCGACACUGAUCACUAUAUCCAUCUACAAUUCAGGAUAAUACAUCCUGGGAAAGGACUUCCUUCAGAGAUGCUAGGUGAUAUGUUUGAGACUCGAGAUGGAUGGGUCACGCCUGAUGGGUUAGGGCUAAAGCUUUCGCGGAAACUGCUGGAGCAGAUGAAUGGUAGUGUGAGUUAUAUUCGAGAAGACAAACAUAGUUUCUUUCAAGUGGAUCUUCAAGUGAAGACAAGGUUAGGUGUUGAGACUAGAGGAAAAGAGGCUGGUUCAAGCAUAAAGUAGAAAUUUUGCAGUUACAAAGAAUAUAAGCGUUCUUUUACGUUAUAAAUGUAAUCAAAUAUGUCAGUCACACGAAAUUCUCAUUAUUUUAUUAUCAAUAAAACAUAUCUUAACCA